AUGGCCACCUCCACCCCCGCUACAAAGACAUUCACUAUUGGCACGCGCAAGUCGAAACUUGCUCUGUUGCAAACAGAUUUAGUGCAGGCGGCACUCAAGGAAGCAUACCCCGAGUAUGAAUUCAAGGUCUUUUCCAAGGAGACAGCCGGUGAUCUCAACACCACCAUUGCCCUGAAGGACUUCACCUCCAAGAAUCUAUGGACAGAAGAGCUGGAAGAACUGAUGAUUGCGGGACAAGUUGACUUUAUUGUCCACUCUCUUAAAGAUGUCCCCACCCUCCUUCCUGAUACCUGCACGUUGGGCCCAAUGAUGCCCCGCGAAGAUAGCAGAGAUGUCUUUGUUCGGAGCUCCCCCGCUGGCUCCGUUGUCGGCACGUCUUCUAUUCGCCGAACAGCCCAAUUGGCUCGCAAAUACCCUCACUUGAAGGUCCAGGAUAUUCGUGGCAAUAUUGGAACCCGUCUGGCAAAAUUGGAUGCCGAGGAUAGUCCUUACACAUGUGCUAUUCUUGCUGCAGCUGGUUUGCUGCGCUUGGAUCUGCAGGAUCGCAUUACUCAAUACCUUGACUCAAAGAACAGUGGAAUGCUGUAUGCUGUUGGCCAGGGUGCUCUGGGAAUUGAAAUUCGCAAGAAGGAUACCUUGUUGCAGGAAAUGCUGAGCAAGAUCGGUCACCAGGAGACAACCUAUGCUUGUCUGGCUGAGCGGAGUCUUCUGCGUACUCUGGAAGGAGGCUGCAGUGCUCCCCUGGGAGUUGAAACUGAGUGGGUUUCAGGUAAAUUGCGGAUGCGCUCUGUCGUUGUCAGUGUCGAUGGAAAGCAGUGCGCCCAGGUCGAGGUUGAUGGUGAGGUGGAUUCGGCUGAAGCUGCUGAAGCCUUUGGUGUCACAGUAGCCGAAGCCCUGGUGGCCGAUGGUGCUGGCGCCAUUCUUGAGGAAAUCCAGCUGAGCAAGCAGGUCAAAGCGAGCUUUGCUGCUUAA